UUAUCUGACUCAUAUCUGAGACAAAACUCAACAAAAAGUCUCACACUUCUCCCUCCUAGUCCUUCCUACUACAAAAAAAAGAUGGAGCUGAGUUACAGAACCAUCAUAUCUUUACUACUCUUGUUCCUUUCUUCAUCAAUAACAAUAACAAACGCUGAAGAUUUAGAAGACCCAUCAUCAUCAUCAUCAAUCAUCUCAAGAUUCCUACGCUACCUUCAAAUCAACACUGCUCAGCCAACCCCCAACUACGGAGAAUCAACCCAAUUCAUUCUCUCUCAAGCCAAAUCUCUCUCCCUCGAAGCCCAAACCUUCGAGUUCGUCCAAUCUAAGCCUUUCAUCCUCCUCAAAUGGCCAGGCUCCAAUCCCAACCUCCCUUCCAUCCUCCUCAACUCUCACACCGACGUCGUUCCAGUCGAGCAUGAAAAGUGGUCCCACCCACCCUUCGGGGCCCACCUCGAUUCUCUGGGUAAUAUUUACGCCAGAGGCUCCCAGGAUAUGAAGUGUGUUGGCAUGCAAUACCUUGAGGCCAUUCGAAAGUUGAAGGCUUCUGGCUUUCACCCACUUCGCUCUGUUUACUUGUCUUUUGUACCUGACGAGGAGAUUGGUGGCCAUGAUGGUGUUGAAAAGUUCGUCGAUUCCGACGUUUUCACCAAUAUGAACCUGGGGAUUGUACUUGACGAAGGGUUGGCUUCCCCAAGUGAGGAUUACAGGGUGUUUUAUGCUGAGAGGAGUCCCUGGUGGCUAGUGAUUAAGGCUACUGGACAGCCAGGCCAUGGUGCAAAAUUGUAUGACAAUAGUGCUAUGGAGAAUCUAUUCAAAAGCAUUGAGAGUGUGAGAAGGUUCCGGGAUUCGCAGUUUGAUUUGGUGAAGGCUGGUUUGCAGGCCGAGGGUGAGGUUGUUUCAAUUAAUAUGGUGUUUUUGAAGGCCGGCACGCCGUCUCCCACUGGUUUUGUCAUGAAUUUGCAGCCAUCUGUAGCACAAGCAGGUUUUGAUAUUCGGGUGCCACCAACUGCUGAUCCAGAAUCUUUGGAGAGACGAAUUGCUGAAGAAUGGGCUCCUGUCUCACGUAAUAUGACAUUUGAGCUUGGGCAGUUCAAGCAGAAGGCUAAUGUGCACGAUAAGUUUGGGAAGCCAGUCCUCACUGCGACUGAUAGUUCUAACCCCUGGUGGGACCUACUAGAAGAAGCUGUUAGAAAAGCUAAUGGAAAACUUGGUAAACCAGAGGUCUUUCCUGCUGCAACAGAUUCUCGCUACUUCCGGGAACUAGGCUUUCCAGCCAUUGGCUUCUCCCCUAUGGCAAACACUCCUAUCCUUCUCCAUGAUCAUAACGAGUUUCUAAACCAAGAUGAGUACUUGAAAGGAGUUGAUGUCUAUGUGUCAAUAAUCAAAGCUUAUGCAUCUUAUGUUGAGCAUACAAGAAAGGAAGGCUCCAAAGAUGAGUUGUAAGGGAGCAGCGGGAGUCGUUCCCUAUUGUCAAAACAAAAAUAUUUGAUGAGUUUCUGCUUCAUUUAAUAUAAUGGGAGUUGAGAUGUCCCAGUGAUGCAUUAAUAAUUAGAGAAGCAGAGAGUUUGACUACCAUUUAUGCUCAAAAAUACUGAUUGGUAACAUUACACGCUCGAUGUUUUGGCAAAUGAAUGCAAUUUUAGUGCAAUAUAUUAUCGUA